AUGGCUGCCGUGCUUGCAUCAAACCACCAUGGAAAAGGGAGGGUCCGAGUCACGAAAGUGAUCAGGCGGGGUCCGGUACACUCAGUGCUGCAGUUCAACGUUGAGAUUCUGUUGGAUGGCCCGACAAAUGCCGCCUUUACCGCGGCGGACAACUCGCUCAUCAUCCCGACGGACACACAAAAGAACACGGUGUACGUCCUGGCCAAGACCACCUCUUUCGAUUGCGCGGAGCAGUUCGCCAUCAUCGUUGCAAAACACUUCUUGGCGACAUACCCGGACCUCGUCCAUCGGUGCCGGGUGAUGGUUAAAGAGGACACUUGGAAGCGAGUACGGACGGCGGACAGCACCGGGAAGACCAGGGAUCACGACCACGCGUUCCUCAAGGCGGGGCCGCACUACCUGUUCGGCCGCAGCGAGGGCACGCGGCAGCCCUGCGGGCGGAUCAGCAUCCGAGCCUUCGGUGGCGUCAAGGGCCUGACGCUCUUCAAGACCACCCAGUCGUCCUUCACAAACUUCCACAAGGACAACAACACCUCCCUGCCCGAGGCGGAAGACAGGCUGCUGGGCACGUGCAUGGACGGGGAGUGGGAGUACGACGUGCUGCGCUCGCCCGACUUCUCCGGGGACCGCGCGAAGAUCAUCGACGUCCUCGUGGAGCAGUUCGCCGGGCCGGCGGACAAGGGCGUCUACAGCCCGUCGGUGCAGGUGACCUGCUUCCAGAUGGGCUCCGCCGUGCUGGCCACCGUCCCCAGCGUCUCGGAGUGCACGUUCUACAUGCCGAACGUCCACAAUCUGCCCUUCGACCUCGCCAAGUACGGGCUGGUCAACGCCGACCAGACCGGGCUGCCGCACAUAUUUUACCCCGUCGACGAGCCGCACGGCAUCAUCCAGGCCACGAUGAAGCGCCCGUCGUCCAAGCUCUAG